AUGCCGCGGGAGCACAUCGCCCGGCUGGUCUUUUCGCGGGACCAUGCCAGUCUGGCGAUCGUCAAGCGCGGGCUGGAUGUCGUGGGCGGGAUCACCUACCGGGCCUUCGAGUCGCGCGGGUUCGCCGAGAUCGUCUUCUGCGCCAUCCGCGCCUCCGAGCAGGUCAAGGGCUACGGAUCCCAUCUCAUGAACCAUCUCAAGGACCAUGUCAAACAGUCAACCACUUGCAUGCAUUUCCUCACUUAUGCCGACAACUAUGCUAUCGGUUACUUCAAGAAACAGGGGUUCUCCAAGGACGUCAUCCUCGAUAAAUCGGUCUGGAUGGGUUACAUUAAAGACUACGAAGGCGCUACCGUCAUGCAUUGUGCAAUGCUACCGCGGAUCAAAUAUCUAGAAGCGUCGAUCAUCCUCGAGAAACAGAAACAAGCGAUCAUGAGCAAGAUCAAGUUGAUUUCGCAGUCACAUGUGGUCCAUAAGGGAUUAGACGUCUUCAGACAGCCGCGCGUCCAGCCCGUCAAUCCCGCCGACGUGCCCGGCCUCAAGGAAAUCGGAUGGAACCCGGAGCUGGACCAACUGACACGGAAGCCGCAGCGGCUAGCCUGCCACAACAUCAUCCACCACUUGCUGACGAGCCUGCAGAGUCAUCCGUCGGCCUGGCCGUUCACCAAGCCGAUCAACAAGGACGAGGUGACCGACUACUAUGCGGUCAUCAAGACGCCUAUGGACCUCGAAACGAUCGAGGUCAAGCUCGAAAAUAACCUCUAUCUUGGCCUCGAUCAGUUCCUUGCCGACUGCAAACUCAUCUUCGAAAACUGUAGAACGUAUAACCCCGAGGGCUCGAAUUACGUUAAAAACGCCAAUCGGUUGGAGAAGUUUCUCAAGGACCGAGUCAAGCAAUACGACGAGAUUGAAUACUGA